AUGGAAACCGAGACAGAUGAAGGUACACCCACCACAUCACCAACAGACGCACCAUUUAUUCCUCCCGCUGGUGUUUGUGACGUGGGAGAUAUUGUUCGCCACGGAAAAGACGAGUUGAUGGUUUUGGGAAGUGAUCAGAAAUGGCAUGAAGGGGAAGGUCCGUCUGAUUUUGAAGUAAAAUUUUCCAAAUAUGAGAAAGCAGAUCUCUUCAGGAAAAGUGUUCAGCAUGAAGACGAAGAAGCACUCAAGGAAACAUUUGAAGAAUAUUUGGAGGCUACAAAGACAGGGAAGGUGAUCCAACAUGAAGAUGUGAAGAUGCUCAAAGAACUUUUGGAGACGAUGAGACCAGGAAAGGUAAUGCCAACAAAUGUGGCACAUUUUGCCUCAGGAUCUUUCCAUCUAUGUGGAAAUAGAAGAAGGCCUUUUGAGCAAUUGGCAGUGCUUAUGAAGUUUAUGGAACUUCUAGAGAUUCCUCCGAAUGCUAGAAAAGUUAUGCAAGAUCCUGAGUUCUCACCAGGAGAUGCGAGAUUCCUUGCAAAACUCGGGUUCCAAACCGUGAUGGACCCUGAAGGGAUCGAUGCCGUAAAUGAAAAAACAUUCGUCUUUCAAAUUGGCGGAGAAUUGUGGCAAUCAGAAAAACCUAUGACCACAAAGAAAUUCCUAAGAUUAGCAGCAUAG